CCUCCCCCGCGGGAGUCGCGGCGUUGCGGGUCGGAUCCAGGUUGAAGGAGCCCCCCAGGUUCCGUGGGGAUUCCGUGCGGGAGCGACCUCUAAGCCCGGCGAGGGAGCUAGGUGGCGGUAUGCGGCGCCGUUGAGGGCGCUGCCGCGCGGGCUCCCAGGCCGCCCCGAGUCCUGGGCUCUUCGAAGGAGGUUCAGCGCCUGGGGCCGAGCAGCGGGGCAGACGCGGACGCUGUCGGAGCUCGAGCCGACGCGGUAUCUCCAGUCGUAGGUCGGCGCCUGGGGUCGGGGACCGAGGCUUGGGCGCUGCCUGCCCGAGCGGAGAUCCGGGCUUGCCUCCGCCCCCGCUCAGGACCCUGACGCCGGUGAGGCGGCCCCGGGAUGAGCGGGCAGCGCGUGGACGUCAAGGUGGUGAUGCUGGGCAAGGAGUACGUGGGCAAGACAAGCCUGGUGGAAAGAUACGUACACGACCGCUUCCUGGUGGGGCCCUAUCAGAACACCAUCGGGGCCGCCUUCGUGGCCAAGGUGAUGUCCGUUGGAGACCGGACGGUGACUCUAGGUAUUUGGGACACAGCAGGCUCUGAGCGUUACGAGGCCAUGAGUCGAAUCUACUAUCGGGGCGCCAAGGCUGCCAUCGUCUGCUAUGACCUGACGGAUAGCAGCAGUUUUGAGCGGGCAAAGUUCUGGGUGAAGGAACUGCGCAACCUAGAGGAGGGCUGUCAGAUCUACCUGUGUGGCACCAAGAGUGACCUACUGGAGGAGGACAGGCGUCGUCGUCGUGUGGACUUCCACGAUGUCCAGGACUAUGCAGAGAAUAUCAAAGCUCAGCUCUUUGAAACAUCCAGCAAGACAGGCCAGAGUGUGGACGAGCUCUUCCAGAAAGUGGCAGAGGAUUACGUCAGUGUGGCUGCCUUCCAGGUGAUGACAGGGGAAGGUGCCAGGACCAGACUUCCUUCCUGCCAUUCUGUUCUCAUGAUGUGACCUGGGAGUCCAGCUCCAGUGAGGAGAUGCUACUGAGCCUGGGAAAGGAUCACUGAUGCACUUUGUGCUCCGACUGUAGUGUGGGGUAGAGAAUGUGAAGAUAAAAUAAUUAUUUCCAUCAAUGCUAAAGAUGCAGAUUGGGUUCAUUAGAGGACCAACACAGUGACUUAAGUCACCUCAAACUCAGUAACUUCAGGGGGAAGCAGACAUUUAAAAAUCUGGGAUCCUUCUAUAGCAAUGAUAGCUAUUUUGCUAUUAGAAUGGGUUUGUUCCAGCAGGAGAAGCAAAUGAGGCUUUGAAUCCAAAUCUCAGCAGUUUCCAUAAAGUUCUUCUGACUUAACAGGGCAAGGAGAGAUACUGGUUCUUUAGCUACCUAUGGAAGCUGUGACUUCCCCUUUGGAAAUGUUUCCUGGGGACAGGCUUAGAGGCACUUCUCUCUUGAGAUCUUAAUUUCCAGGCAUUUGGCCAAAUACUAAAAUACCAUCCUGCACAAAGAUCAGGAGUUUCUAAGAGAAAAGCUUUCCUUUUAACUGCCAAUUCACACCCUCUGGAGAAAAGGUCUCAGUACAAGGCUCCGGGAGAGUCCCCAAGGAUGGCAGGGUCACUCUCUCCCCAUUAUCCCUUAUGUCAGAGUUUCAGUUUCCCAACAGUCCUUUAACUCUGCUUCUAAUUGUAUGGUGACUGCUUUCUUGAUGUUAACAAUCUGAUAUCAGAUGCUGCUAUCAGUGGGCCUAGUUUAAUUCUACCUGAGAGUGAAUAACCCUUACAAAAGCCUGGAUGUCCAUCCAUUUAGAUAAAGAACUUCCACCCCCCAGCCCUCCCACCCCCUCCCCCAAACCAGGCACAGCUCAAAAGUUGUUUUCCCAGGCAGGUCUGGAAGGAAGUAAAUGGUGGAGAAUGGAAAGAACCAAAACAAAACCACAAAGUGGCCAAUCAUGGCCCACCUUUCCCUCACUCCUUGUCCUGUGAGACGUAUCUAGAGUGGCUGUCAAGUCAAUUACCUACCAAAGCCUACUUCAGAGAAGCUAUUUCAGGAUGAAACUUCUCCAUUUAAAUUUUUAACAUAGCCUGCACACACACCCCUCCCCCCCAAAUUCACAGUUUAUUUCAUGAAACAAAGAGCUACGGUAAUUUAACACACAACAUAGUGAAAGAAGAUUCUGACAGUGCAGUGCGAAUAUCUUUUUCUGAUCACAACUACAGAUGACAGGAGAGAAAAGGGCACAGGACUGGCACCAAGCAAACUCUACUCAUACAGCCUAAAAGAUUAGGGAAAGGGACCUACUAGCUGCAGUUAUAUACUUAUUAUUCUCACACAUGAUAAAUACUUAAUAUAAUGAACUUUAAUGUUCUGGGUGAUUUCUUUAAAAAUAUCUUUUCCAUGGUUUAAAAUUUUUUAAAAAAGAAAAUAAGAUGCUUUGUUUUCUCUUCCUUUUGAACAAAGAGCUUUUCCUCUCUCAUGAUGGAAGAGAGAGAGGAUGAAAAGGGGAGAACUAGGCAGGUGGAAUUUACAGAGAUUUCGAGGUCUAAAUGGGAUACAGAGAAAGGUCCCUAGACUUGGGACAGCCCUGCCCAGCCUCGUACCUCUGCCUGAGUUCAAGUGUCUCAACCCGAGGCAGACUUUGGGAAAUAAAAGCAAAUUCUUCUUUUAAUCUUAAUAUAAAGCGCAAAUGCUUCUAUAACUAUUGUUCCCUCCUUAAAAGUGAUGUAACCUCAAAAGGAACUUAGGAGGAGGAAACUGGGACAAAAUACACAAUCUUGUGAGGGUGUAAAAGCCAUAACUGAAACAGAAUGGCCAGGAGACAUCUGGGCCAGGAGAUGGCCUGUUGGCUAAAGCUGCUGGCUAAGUUGGCAAAGCAGAGAGGUAAACACGUUUGGUCUAGGGACAAAGGAGAGGUGAGUGAAUGGGAAGGAACUGGCCAAACAGCACUUCCUGUUGGCAGUUGGUGAGCUGGGUGAAUGGUAGGGCAGGGUAGCACCAACAGAUUUCCCAGCCCUUGUGCCCCAGCUCAGGGCAGCAGUAACAGAUAAUCAGCAGUUAUGAGGAAUCAUCUCUUAGACUGGACAUUGCUCUAAACACCACAUCUUGCCAGUUACAGGGAAGGGUUCUGGCCUGCUUCCGAACAAAGUCAGCAGGCACGUGCUCUCAGUACAGAACACAGCAAUGCUCAGAGAUGGGGUGGUAGAAUCCACCAGUGAAGGAGAGGACACCCUCCAUUCAGAUAGGAGGGCAAAGUAUCAGAAGAGAAGUAAUUUUCCAUCAAGAUCUGGCACUCUCCCUGAGCUGGCGGUAGAUCUAGCCCAGAGUUUGCCAGAGAUUCCCUAUAUCCACUGCCCGACUCUGAAAUCUGAAAGCACCUGUUUGGGGGGAUGGGCGUGGGGUGGGCUGAUGUAAAAGGAGGAAAAUUGGUAGAAAAGAAAGGUAAGCUUGCCAAUUGCCUUCUUAUACUUCAGGAAAGCUAUGUCCUUGUAGAGCCCAGCCUCAACAACCAGCUGCUCUGCCAAGGACAGAUUUUUCAGACUCUGCACAGCCCAGACAAAAGCAAUAGCGGCUGCCCAGCCAACAGCUCCACUUGGCCUUGAUGCAAACCCCUGCUCCCCACCCCCACCUACAGAGGCCUCCACAUGAGCGUGCGUGCAUCACACACACACACACAUGCACACCCAACCAGGGGACACUUACUCAACACAACCACUUCUGGGGCCAUAAAGGAUAUUACAAAAUGAGUCUGAUGCCCCAGGGCCCCCUCAAAACUUCCUGUUAUUUCCUGACCAAAGGUUUGUCAGAACAGCCUGAGAACAUAGGCAGGCGUGUUGGGCUCACAGGGAUCAGGUCUUAUCUCUGUUAUCUCCUGUCAGUGACUAGCACCUGGCCUAGCACACGUGAAUGCUCAAGAAAUCACCACUGAUAUGAACAAUUAUCAGUUCUUCCCAAGUGUUCAUUAGGUGCCCUCGGUGGGGCUCUGCAGGGCAAGAGAAAUAACUCCAAGAGCCCCUCUAUCUUCCAACCUGACCAGUGGAAUUGAAUCCCAUGCUUGACUCCAGAGUGGACUUUUUAUUUCAAGUUACCAUGUGUAAAGGUUGGAGGAAAAAGACCCAAGUCUGUCUGUCUCCUUGGCUGGGGCCCACUUGGAUUUCCAUACAUGGUUUACACAACCACAUGCCCCCACUGGCUAAUAUCACAAGAGUUCUGAGUGUUGGGAUAUAAGGAAAGAGUAACAGUGGAAAAUUGUUGGGGUCUGUUUUUUAAGAGGGGAAAAGAAAGAGGAUUUCCGUUCCCCAAGAACCCUGGGGGCAGCUGGUCUGGUCAUGUGACAUUUACUCAUAUUACUUCUGUUCUGACUCUGCACACUUGUGACUGGAAGGAGCCUGGUUAAGAGCUGGAAGUGUAUUUUGCUCUGGUUUAAGGUCUUGCCCUCUUCCAAGAGACCAGCAAGUCUGUGCCAAUGUCUGUGUGCUCCCAGAGGACCAGCAAGAUGGCGAUAUUGUCUGUCCAGCCACCAUGGGCCAGAGUCCUGGCCCUGGUGAGGCCUUUCCCAGGGCCCAGGGACUCUGCUCUGCAGUUGCCAACUUCUUCUCUUCAGUACAGAAGGAGGAUGGGGCCUUCCCAAGAGGCCUGAAGGACUGCCCACUCUUGGCAGCAAGUCCAGGUAGUUGCUGGCCUCCGGCCAUCUGCUUCACCUGCUUCACCAGGCCUGGUGCUUGGCUGGGAGGCCCCGGUGUCUGCUCCACCCCUGCCGGUGCUCUUCCUGAGGCCUGAGUUGUUGGCUCAUAUAAAAAAGCCUUGGCAGGGGGCUGAGAGAGAAGUCUGGCCUGGGUGAGUGAUUUAACUGGUUGCCAGGAGUGCUCCGAAGGGACUGCUGCUUUCCCCAGUGGCUGAAGGACAGGAUCUGACACACUGCCUCUCUCUACAGCUCGCGGCAUCUGCCCCAGACCUUUGCUGGCAGUCCAUGAGCUUGACUCCGACACUGGCAUCUUCUCAUCAACCUGUGGUGUGACCUCAUGAGGUGAAGUAGCCCGUUCUUUCUGGUGAGGAGUCAGGUCUAUGAGAUCCAUGACCAAAGCAGCUCUAUUUUUUGACUGAGUAUUCUGGUCCACGGGCCUCAGCGCUUUUUCUUUAGCUACCAGAGUCUGGACCACAGCUGAUAGUACUUUGUCAGGAGGUGGGAGUCUCUGGGACAAAGAAGCAUGGGAUUUGUCAGAGGGCCUGUCUGAAGUCUGAGGUUUGGGACUGCUGCUGACUAGCAGUCUGUCUGGUUGUGGAAG